AUGAUGACUAAGCACAGGGCUCCACUACCACAGUCGGCCCGAGCCCUCGCCCAGGCGUGGCUUGAAAGCAAUUUUACCAAAGGUAGAUUCUCUCUUGUCGAAUAUCACGAAAGAAGUCAUCAGUUACAUGAAGCGAUUCGACUUGGAAUAGACUCUGCUGCAACGAAAACUGAUGGGGUACUGAGCACGGUCAAAAGUUUUCACGACGAAAGUCUACUCACUGGACGCUGGUACUUUGCGUCUGUCGAUUGUGAUCACUUUGCUUCUGAAGAAUGGGAGCGCACAUUUGCUUGUUCAUAUCGGAACACCCAAAUCGUCCUUUCCGCUUUGUUCCGUUUGCCUGCUUACCGAGAACGUCUCUUCGGUCCCAUAUCAGCGAUGCCCUCCAUUUGGAAGUUACAAACCCUACUGGAAUCGGCAUGGCAAAGUGGCUUCGAUCCAGUGGGCCGCAGUCAGAUAGCAGACAUCUUGUCUUUUGCGAAUACACAAGCCCAAGCUACAUCCAGCAGCACGUCCGACUUGUCGCGAAUCGGAUUGUGGGAUAGCACAGUUUGGCUGGGCGCGACGGAUGUAGCUGCUCUUCUAGGCUAUAUCGGCGUGAAAUGCUGCAUUGUGGACUGUCCGGAGUCGCACCAAACGAACGGAUAUCACAAAAAUCUCGCGAAACACCUCUUAGAUUAUUUCAAACUUGCAUCCGUUACCUCACGAUCAUCAAGUGCUUCGACCAUCCAGACUCUACCAGUAUAUCUUCAAUAUGAAGGUCACAGCCUAGUUGUAAUUGGCGUCGAAGCAGACGGUUCCGACCAACCGACUGCUCUUAUGUUACUCGAUCCGAAUACCUCCGCUGCGUCAAUGCGAUCAUUAAAACAGAUGCUUAUAAAUGAACGAACACGGCAAAACCGGUCGACUUCGAUACUUUCAGGGGGCGCUUCGUCUCCCACUUGGAGUCGAGUGAUAGGAGCUAUGCGAGUGGAUGUCAGUAAAUUAAAGAGCAGAUCAUAUCAACUUAUUCAAGUUGAUGGCUUACUGGAAACAGAGCAAGAUAUUCAGGAUGCCAUGAUCCCCGAAAAUAUAAGGAUUACCCUAUAACUUGUGCCUGUUUGUCAUAUACUUUCUGUUUGCUACCACUUCCUGACCUGCAGAUUUUGCCAUUAUAAGUACAGCGGUUUUUUUUAACUCCAGUCUCUACUUUGGUUCCUAGACCGUCUGCAGGCCAUCAGUUCGGUAAAUGUUUGUGUGAAUGUCCAUGCUUUUGGUCUUCGCGCAUCAGGUGCAAUGAUACAGCACAGGAGCCAAAUUAACUCAAGGCGCGCGUUCAUUUAGCUGCCCUGAGUCUGCAUGAGUUUUUAGUUUCCACCGCAAGUGUGUUUGACCCACCUUAGACGAAGGAAGACGUCCCGUCAGAAAUUCCGCCCAAUCUCAUAACCAGUUGGCUAAGAGACUCGGACAUAAUACAUAGGAAAGGGAAAGGGUAAUGAAAUCGAUACAGAGAAGUCCAUCUUGGGGAAUCAGCGCAUCCCUUACCGCAAUCCCUACAAACUGCCUGAAUCUAACACGACGCGACAUAUAAUUGCUUGAAAGAUUGUACUUGUGCUCACUUUUACUUGUACUCGGCACGGCUGCUAUCAUGCCUGAUCUAGCCGGCCUCGAUGAUGUCCCGAACUGUACCUCUCCACGCGUGACGAUCCACGACAGCAGAUAUGGACAGUUCAGCCCAUUGUCUUCGCCAACGACGAAGACCGAAUACCGAAGGUCCAAAAACCACUUCCAUGUCUUGACGAACUGUGUCGAGCCAGGUUUUGAAUUGAUCCGUUCUCUGGCGCCUCGAAUGGGGUAACGGUGCCGGGUCGAGGGCAGUAACACUGAAUUCCUGAGGUGGACGACGAAGAACAUACCCAAACCACCUCAGUCGUCUUUCUAGGAUGUCCUGGGUUAUCCUUGCGAUGUUGUCGCAGCGACCGCGGACUGUCUCGUUUGAGACGAAGUCGGUGUACUUCACUCGAAGGAUGGUCCUCAAGAAGUGGCGGUCAAGUACCUCCAUUUUUCGCUCGUCCAAGUGCACAGCCCAGCAUUCACAACCAUAAAGAAGGACAGAUCGGACAGACGCACAGUACACGCGAAUCUUAGUGGCGAUGGAGAGGUCGCGUCGGAUCCAUAGGCAUUUUGUAAGGCUUGAGAAAUUCCGUCGGGCAGCAUCAAUUCGGGAGGCACUGUCAUCCUUACUCUGGCCAUUCGGAUGCAUCUUCGCCCCGAGGUAUUUAAAACUGUCUACUUCUUAAAGUUGACAGCCAUACAUCCCGAGAGGUGCCUUAUCCUGGCCAGGGAUGCAGCUUGAAAACACUUUAGUCUUCUUAGCGUUUAUGGAUAAACCGACCGAUCUAGCGAUCUCGUUCACCCGUGACACCAUAGACUGCAGACCACCAAAACUUGAAGAAAGUAAGGCAAUAUCAUCGGCAUACUUGAGAUCAGUCAGGCGGUGUCCGGGUGCUAAUUCGACACCGUCGCCUUCGUGUAGGGCCCUUCCUAGAAUCCAGUCAAUAGCGUAGUUGAACAGAAUAGGCGACAGGAUACAACCCUGCCAAAUGCCAGACUGAAUACCAAACGGUUAGGAAAGAUUGUUGUGGACCAGGACUCGCGCGGUGUUGGAGCGCUAAUAGGCCUUGAUCAUGACGAUGAUUUUUUGCGGUACACCACCAAGCGCCAUUAUCCACCAUAGGAAUCACGAUGGAGGGGAUCGGACGCGGCGGCAAACAAAGGGGAUGGCUGUCGGUUGCUGAUAACCAUAGCGAAAUUUGAGAAUUCUCCUUAGUGUGAAUACCAUGUCGGCGCAUCCACGUCCAGCACGAAAUUCGGCUUGGUUGGGCCUCGUCAUGUAGUCACGCACAGCUUGGAAUUGCCGGAGUAGAACAAUAGGGAAGAUCUUCACAACAACGUCGAUGAGGCCUAUGCCGCGGUAGUUCUCGCAUCUCGUCUUAUCUCCCUUCUUGGGGAUAGGUACAAGGAUGCCCAAGCUCUAGUCAUCAGGAGCAUCCUUGUUCCUCGCGCUUGUCUUAUCACCACAUGGAGCCAGGGCGCCAGUGUCGACACAAGACAUAAUUACGGGACCUGAUUCGAGCCGUCUGAGCAGACAACUGCAGGAUUCUUCAGCUGAGCCAGUCACUGCGACGUCGCUAGGUAUAUCCAAAGAGUUUCUUAUCUGCACUGUAGACUGACGUUUUCCGUGACGACCACUGGUUUCUGCCCUCUCCGUCGACUCGGGCCGUAAAACAGGCCCGGAUUUCUCCUCUCGGGGCCUCGGCAGUGCUGGCUUGUCGGAUUUUUGCGACAUAGAGGCGUCUAGGACGUGGCUUUUUUGGUGCGGAUGAGAGAUGAACUUUCAAGCAUGUACGAACGAGGACAUGGUCCGACCCAUGGGCGUUGCCAGUCUCGUCACCACGCAUCGAUCUGCUCCCAUGAACCCAACUGCGAAACCUUGAGCUGACUAGUAUGUAGUAAGUCUGGCUUACCGUAUGACCGUUGUUUGAAUGCCGGGUCAGUAGAUGUUUCUUGCGAUGCUGGAAACACAUGUUGGUGACAAGAAGUCGGUUCUGAUCAGCGAAGUUCAGCCAUCUUACCAUUUCCACACCCUAAACCAAGCCCAAAGCGACCAAGAACAUGACUGUGGGGUCGUCAGUCUCAGUCUGACCAUUUUAAUCCCCCGCGACAAUCAGCAGGUCGCGGCGAGGGAGUCGUCCAAUUAACAUCUGCAACUGAAGGCCACCUGUGGACGCACCGGGUUCCCAGCAGCUAAGGUAACGCGCAACCCCGUCUUCCCGUCACAUGAAGGGAUAACUCGGUUCCACUCAGGACUGCGAUCAGGGUGCAGUGCAUCCUUGGUAUGACUUAUACCGCAUCCUAACCUAUGUAGUAUACGGGAACUCACCCCUGGACGAGCCAUAGUAUCUGUCGAGGGUGGGAGCAGGUCACGUGUUGCAUGCUUGACAGGAAGUGUAGCUUUGUCGGCCGUCGAGCUCAUGUACUCUUCCUUUUGUCUCGACUUUAGCUUACCAUUGGAGCGUGGCGGGUGUGUGAAGAGAGGGUGAGUUAGAUGCAUCGGAAGUCUUCGUUAUAGACAGGUUCGCCCUCAGGUCAUGACUGCGCCCAUUUAGUGGGACGAUCGCUUGCGACGAUCGAUCUAUCGUUACGGUCCAAGAUAGUAGUCAGGGUUAUGAUCGCCUGAAUAAAGGUCUAAUAAGUCUGGAAAAGCGUUUAAUCGUUUCGCCCCAUUCUCUGAUGGUACCUUCUAUUAGGAAAUCUUGGCCGAGCUCUGUGUGGUCUCUGGUCCCUGUUCGUGACUCCUGCCACCCACCUGGGGCUUGUUUGCUGCGGGAAGCUAAUGGGUCAGUGUGCGCCUAUUUCCGCGCAUUUAAAUGAGAGCUUCAGCGAACCCAGCAUUCUAACUGCUCCUGACCCCUAAGAUCACUCUCAUCACCCAGCAUCUGUGUAGCUGCAAAAUUUCGCGAGAAACCACGUGCUGAUCUUUCGGUUCUUAAACUUUCGCGGUAUAAGCCUUCUCCGCAACCUUCCUGGACUUGUGUGAGGAGGGGGGGGGGACCAGGUGAGGGCGGCCAUGGUACCUCCUCACCAGGUAAAGUUGUGUGCGCGUACAGUCUGGUUGGGUCCGGAGGACGUAUUGUGAUAGGCGUAGACGGGACUUUAUUGACAGGUCAGUCACACGUCCCAACCGAUCUGCAGCCUUCUUGAUUUUGCAUUCAUGCAAAAUUACGAUAGGUGAGGGAAAAAAGCGUAAAGUAGGCGCUGCACGAAUCUGCUUUGUGAUCCAUGCAUGCUCACGUCAUACCUACCCACCUCGAUGAAGAUGGCUUCCGUUGAUCACGUCCCACAAACUUCCGUAAUUGGUCUUUUACGGCCUCCCUCAGCACACUGUGACUUUAUACUCUACACUGGUACUUAGGCCGAUGUAUUGCGUUCUCAUCGAUGGUCGUUGCCUUUUGGGCAUAAUUGUCACAGUGCCUUCUUUUAAACCGUUUUCCGGAACUCGCCUCCUCGCUUCUGUCAGUGCCGUUCAUUAUUAGUAGCGCUAGGUCUUACAUCUGCGUUGGUCAACACACCCGUUAAAUUUCUAUCUUCAUUGGAUUAUUUGGGGCAUCAAAAUUCGUUCAAUGUGGAUAAUAAAAACUGCUUCAAAAGGGUCAAAUUAGCCAGUAUGGUUGGUAGCCGAUUUGGACGCAACGUAUUUAUUUCUCUAUUUGCCAGUCCUCCUACCAUAACCCAAUAUCAAAACUACCACGACCGCUGUCGUCGUUGCCACCACCGCCACCACAGGCGUGUUCAUCAUCAUCAUCAUCGCCAUCAUCAUCAUCAUCAUCAUCAUCAUCAUCAUCAUCAUCAUCAUCAUCAUCAUCAUCAUCAUCAUCAUCAUCAUCAUCAUCAUCAUCAUCAUCAUCAUCAUCAUCAUCAUCAUCAUCAUCAUCAUCAUCAUCAUCAUCAUCAUCAUCCCCCUCCUCCCCCUGCUGCUACAUGAAAUUGACGGUCAUGCCCUUGUAGAUAUGGGCCGCGGAACGCAGCCAGCAGGCAAGAGACCGGCGGAUCGAAGGAAUUCAAAGCGGUUAAAGCAGACGGUCAAGUAAGUGCUACUAUUUUUGAACCCAAAAGGAAACACCUGGCGCAGGGUGAGCAUGGCUCCCACUCCCAGUCGUCGCAAGACAGAAUUCAAAAAGUUAAUGCAGGUUCAACAACAGCACGAACUGGUAUCCCUUAAUUUCGGUGCCAACGACUAUAAUUUCUUCUAGGCUAAGAAGGAGAAGAAAUUGCUGAUUGAAGCUAAAAGGAAAGCUCGAGAAGAGAAGAGGACCGAAAGGAACAAGGUCAUGCGGAAGCUGACUAAAAAGGGUCAGCCAAUAAUGAAGGAUCGCAUUAGUUACAUGCUGAAACAGUUGGAGGAGAUGCGCAGAUGA